CUGUAAAAUGAAUCAGAGCGAUCUAUAAGGCCUCGAAAAGUGCGAAAUCUCUGGACUGGCGACAGGAGCUGUGCGUGUUGGAGUUUAUUCAGCGGAUCUCCGGACGAACAGCAGAUCUGUCCCCUGCUUCUCCUCCCCUCUGCUCUCUUGGCUGGGGAAAGGCUGUUUCUUUUCCAACCGCGACGCCAGAAACGGACGUUAAGAAAGUAUCAGACUUAACCGGAAUCAAUGAGGGAGCCAGAACUGGAGGAGCAGCCCGAAGACAACAUGCCCCCCAAGUUUAAGCGACACCUCAACGACGACGAGGUCACGGGAUCCGUCCGCAGCGAGAGGAGGAAUCUGCUGGAGGAAGACUCUGAUGAAGAAGAAGACUUUUUUCUGAGAGGUCCAACCGGACCCAGAUUUGGACCUCAGAAUGACAAAGUUAAGCACGUGCAGUCUCAGGUAGACGAGGUGAUCGACGUGAUGCAGGAGAACAUCUCCAAAGUGAUAGAGAGGGGCGAACGCCUCGAUGACCUGCAGGACAAGUCCGAGAGCUUGUCGGACCAUGCGUCUGCGUUCAGCAGCCGAGCCAAACAGCUGCACAGGAGGAUGUGGUGGAGAGACAUGAAGAUGAAGAUGAUUAUUGCCCUGGUAGUUGUCGCUCUUCUGCUGAUCAUCAUCAUUCCACUAAUCCUUCGAUAUCGUAAGUGACCGAUGAGGAUGAGGCGGAACGUUCCUCCUCGUUCCCGCCUCCCCGGGCCGACCUGCAUCUUCUCAUCUGGGACUCACCGGGACGCUGCCCAAACCAUCUUCAGCGUUCUCCUCUUCACCCUCAGUUCAGAUCUUGCAAUGAUAUCCUGAUCCGAGAUCAGUUCUGCUUGAUGAAGUUAAGGGAAAGCAAAAACAUUGACUUAUGUUUUGGCCCUGUUGUCCGUGUAAAGGGAGCGCUUCGUGCCACGACACACAUCGCAGGCAGUGGGGGUUUUUUGGGCCUUUGUCCUUCGUGUUGCAUCUCAGAUAAAUUCUCCAGGACAGAGGGAAUCCGACAGUCUGCAUUCGUGUAUCUCCUGUGAAUCUGCUGCAGCAGCCUCGCAUGAAGAGGCUGUAAACUCCGAGCAGAUGAACCUCUGAUGUCUUCCCUCAUGUGCGCCUCAAACACCAACAGGAGAGACGGUUUUAAAGGGGACACUGAAAUAGUUUAAAGCACAUUUUUAAAAUUCUCUCCCGCACGAAGUGAGAAGACAUCUGAGUCUCAUCUCAGGUUUGUUUUUUUUUUUCUUUCUUUUUAAUGUGAAGAAAAGAACAAUGGGAAACCAAAACAGCCACAUUCUGAAUGUCUGUUCACCGUUUUGUGCUCUAAGCCUCUUACUUCCUGCAGGACUGUGCAGAUCCUUUGAUCACAGCUGUUCAGGUUUUCAAUUUACUCCAACUCUGCAAACGGUUUUGUUCGGUUUAAAGCUGCUUUUUGCUUUCUUUCCCUCUUGAGUUGUUAUAAUAAUGUCUGGUUUCUGAAGUUCUGUAUGAGUGCUGGUAUUUGCUACUGAAGGGGACGGUUUAUCUCUGUACUGUUAUGACUGAGAUGGAAGGUCUUAUGUAAUGUGAAUGGAAACCAUAGGUGUAGUUGGUUAAAGUCUACAUGGUAAUUUGGUUAUUUUUGUGUAAUUUAUUUUAGCUGUAAAUAUGGAUUCUGUAACGAUACUGUACAGUACUCUGUGGCAUUGCAUUGGAAGACUGUGAUUCCUUUUGCUCUGGAAUAAAGUGAUAUUAAA